AUGCUUGAAGUGCCACCACGAAUCAACGAUGUAGACAGCUCAGGGAAAGAUGAACGCACUAUUUCAGAAUUUUUAGCCCUUAUGGAUAAUUAUACACCUAUUAUACCUGAUGCUGUGACAGAGUAUUAUUUGAAUAAAUCAGGUUUUUACUGUGAUGAAGUUCGGGUCAAACGCCUACUCGCUUUGGCAACUCAAAGAUUCAUUGCUAAUAUGGCUACAGAUGCAUUUCAAUAUUGUAAGGUGAGGCAGUCAGGAAGUAGAAAAUCAGAUAAGGAUAAAAAGGCUGUAUUGACCAUGGAAGAUCUGAGUGCUGCAUUAUCUGAAUAUGGCAUCAACAUCAAAAAACCCGACUACUACUCUUAA